CCUAAGGAAACGAGCCGGGUUUGCAGCGACCUGACGUUGAGGGGCUCCUGCCCCAGUGGGGUCCAAGGCUGCUGAGCACCUCGCCUGCGGGAGACCAAGCUCGGGCCUCCCGGCUCCGGGAGUUACAGAGAGGCACCCAUCUGCUCCCUGCCACCUCUGCCAGAGAUGGGCCAUGGGGCGGGAGAAACAGCAGCCGCCAGGCGCCGCGGCAGGUGUUCCACGUGGCCAGAGCGCGUGCGUCACAAUGACCUGGCCGACAGGUGGGAGCCGCGGCGAACGCCCCACGGGUCCCUCCGUGCUGAGUGCGGAGCGCUGAGCGUCCUGCUUGCCUGCACGUUAGGAUUUGUGCGGCUUCAGGAGACUGGAGACUUCAUGACUUCAAUGCUGAGAAAAGUUACAGGGGCCUGUCAUCUGGAAGUCAACUUUGAACUUCAAGGAGAAAGGAUGUGUGGGGAAAACACAACUCUGUGUGUGUGUUUUAUUCCCAUACAAUCAUAUAUCUUUUAAUCUUAAGUUAUUGACGGUUGUAGUGAUUUUGCCUUAUCGAAAAAAAAAAAAAAACCCACCAAACUCUUGCUCUUAGAGUACCUUGAGGUGAUUACACAAAGAGAAGGUGUUGGAAUAGGUGCUUCUAAAAUCAUCUAUGCUAAAAAGCAGUCCCAAUGUGCUAUGGCUCAAUCCCUAAUUAUAAGUUUCCUUUUACUUUUCUAAAUGCCGAGGUGAAAACUUGGGCCACGAGUCAAGCAAUCAAUCAUGGAUGCUGAAAGUGGCUUUGAAGACAAUGUCUGAAAGUGAACAGAUUAAACUUUAAGCUUCCUCCACGUGCUAAAAGUCCAUGGCUUCCUUUCUCCUUGCUGCUGUCACCAUGACAAAUGUGAAUUGCUUAGUUCCCAAGGUCCACUGUGUGGCCCUGUAAGCAGAUGAUCCUCCUUCUGACAUAUGGUCAGAAGAUCAUUAGUGUGCCAAUGCUGCUGCAUCAUGAUGCCUACGUCAUUCACCUCACUUUAUCUCUUCAUGCAGGCAUUUUAUCCUCUCAUGUCAUCACAAGAAGGGGAACACAUCAAGUGUGUUGGAGAAGUAGGUAUGUGCUGGAGAGGAGGAGGGCAUUAACUAUUUCAUCAGCUACUUGAACAUUAUCUUCGGGAUCCCCAAGUGUAAAAACAUGUUCUUCUAUCUCCUGAUUUGGAAAAGAAGGACCUGAAAUUGCCGGUUCCUCUCUCGAUCAGGCAAUUGGGUGCCUCAGAGACCCAGGAGCGCUGCCAGGUGGGGACUGUGAUCUUCUAGCUCUGGCCCUUUCCCUGACAGCUGUGGAGCAAGUGGAGUGUUCCCGCGGGUCUCCUCCCAGUCAUCAGAAACUGUAGAGGAGGAGAAACAAUCUUGCCUUGGCCUUUUCCUGAAUCAUUUUCUAGCAGCUGUUCUCUGGAUGGACUCACUGAGUUUCACCCAGCACAAGUACAGUCCAGUGCUUGGCCAAAGUCAUGAGGGGCACCUCCAUGCAGAGUUCUAGGACCCCACUUUUUGCAUCUUUCCCAACUCAGCUCCCACAGUUGGCAAAUGAGUCUCUCAUGUUCGGAAAAUGUAGAAAUCUUUCCUGUAGAGUGCAGAAGCUAAACCUCGCCAUGGGAGAAACACCUUCCUGAUCAAGGAGGGAAGGAGGGUGAAUGAGCCAUCCUUGUCUCCCAUGGCCUCCCCCCCCCUCCAAUGUUAUGUCAUUAAAAUUGGAGAGGGUUAGCAGAAACAAUGGUCAUAUUCCAAGUUCAACCCUGACAGCAUUGUACGUGGGCAUCUGGGGAGAGGCUCCCACCGAACCUAGCCUGAGCGCGACCCGGGCGCUGAGACGCCGACUCCGCCGCGGCUGGACGAGGCAGCGGGACCGGUGCGCGCCCGAGCAUGGAGAUGAAGCGCCAGGGAGGGCAUGUCCGGGGCGCCGGAGACGCCAGGCCCGAGUAGCUCCUCCAUGGAGCCUGCCCAGAGCGACCCCUGCUCGCCGGUUUCGCCCCCGGUCCUGUGCGGCUGCUGAGAGCGCUCCUUGCUCUGUAAAGUGGAUGUCAGGUGGAUCUAUGUGUUUGAAGGAACAAAGACUCAGCGAAAGCACCGCCGAGGAAGUUUGAGACGCGGGAGGAUGCAGGCUGCGUGCUGGUACGUGCUUCUCCUCCUGCAGCCCACCGUCUACUUGAGGCUGACAAAUUAUGGUCCUUGGGCCAAAUCUAGCCUACUGCCUGUUCUUACAUGGCCUUACAGAAAGGUCACAUGUGCCAAUUUAACAAAUGGUGGAAAGUCAGAACUUCUAAAAUCAGGAAGCAGCAAAUCCACACUAAAGCACAUAUGGACAGAAAGCAGCAAAGACUUGUCUAUCAGCCGACUCCUGUCACAGACUUUUCGUGGCAAAGAAAAUGAUACAGAUUUAGACCUGCGCUAUGAUACCCCAGAACCUUAUUCUGAGCAAGACCUCUGGGACUGGCUGAGGAACUCCACAGACCUUCAAGAGCCUCGGCCCAGGGCCAAGCGAAGGCCCAUUGUUAAGACGGGCAAGUUUAAGAAAAUGUUUGGAUGGGGUGAUUUUCAUUCCAACAUCAAAACAGUGAAGCUAAACCUGUUGAUAACUGGGAAAAUUGUAGAUCACGGCAAUGGGACAUUCAGUGUUUAUUUCAGGCAUAAUUCCACUGGUCAAGGGAAUGUAUCUGUCAGCUUGGUGCCCCCUACAAAAAUAGUGGAAUUUGACUUGGCACAACAAACCGUGAUUGAUGCCAAAGAUUCCAAGUCCUUUAACUGUCGCAUUGAAUAUGAAAAGGUUGACAAGGCUACCAAGAACACACUCUGCAACUAUGAUCCUUCAAAAACCUGUUACCAGGAGCAGACCCAAAGUCAUGUAUCCUGGCUCUGCUCCAAGCCCUUUAAGGUGAUCUGUAUUUACAUUUCCUUUUAUAGUACAGAUUAUAAACUAGUACAGAAAGUGUGCCCCGACUACAACUACCACAGUGACACACCUUACUUCCCUUCCGGAUGAGGAUGAACGUGAGUGAGACUGAAGCCUAAGGAACUAAAGGUCAUAUGACAGGGCUGUUACCUCACAGAAGAAGGUCACAUCUGUUGCCUGGAAUGUGUCUACACUGCUGCUCUCGUCAACUGGCUGCAAAUACGCUAGUGGAAAACAAUCUGAUGUAAUUUCUGCCCAGUCAGCUUCAUCUCUCAGUAUAGUUGUAAAUCACCACAGAUUUUAAAGGCACACUUGAAGACAUGCUCUCACUCAUAGGUGUACACAAACACCCAUUCAUAUACAUUUCAGCUUGCAUCUGUCAUGAUUCCUGUCAAGAGGGCUUUCAUUGUCUGACUCGUAAUGGUUUAGGAUAAACUGUCAUCAAGCAAAAGGAUUAACUAGACAGUGAAUGGUUUCUAACACUUGCUGUUAUGGAAAUCUCUUUUAAAGUCUUGAGUACAUGCUAAUCAAUAAUCCCCACUCAUGCAUUCCUACUGCUUGGAGUAGCUGUACUGGUAAAUACUACUGUAGGAGUAUAUGCUUGUUAAAAUGGAAAAAAAAUGUGUCUUUAGAGCUCAGUAUUCUUUAUUUUAUGAACACAACAAAGUGUAGUAACUUUUUUCCAGCAUACAGUAGGCACAUUCAAGGUAAUAUAAGAUGGCUCUUUUUUCUCUGGAGGGAGCCUGUUUUCAGUAAAGAUGAGCAAACAUUUGGAAUUUACAUGUGGGCAGACAUUGGAUUACAGCUUUCAUCACCAGUCAUUGGACUUCUGCAAAGUUGAGACCAGCUAAGGCUGCUUAAAACAAGUUCUGAUCAUUAUAUAAGAAGGGAAAUGCCUGACAGACACCAUGUAAGUUAUAAGUGUCUGUCUUAUCUUUACUACACAUAUUGUAACAAAUUCAAUAUCCUAGUCUUCAUUUGUAUGAAUGGUUUGUAUUGUACAUAGUUUAACCAAGUGUUAUUUGAGCUGCUUAUUAAUAUUAACUUGUACUUGUCUCUGCUUGUUAUUGGUUAAAAAAGAAAAAAAAGGAUAUGAGGAAUCCAUUUUAUCAAUGUAGCUGUGACCUCCAUUAAAAAGACAAACCUAAUGUACAAAGCAUUUAUUCAGCUCAAGUAUUGUUGAAAGCUAUACAUAUACAACAUUACAGUCUGUCUGUAUUUAGAUAUUUUAUUUCUGGACAAAUGAAAUGUACAUAAAAAUAAAAUGCUUAAAGUUGAGUUUCAAUA